UGUCUACUUCUGAACUUCAUGUUUUUCUACUUUAAUUAGGUUUUUUUCUUUACUUGCAGCGCAGCUCAUCAAUGGCUGUUCUUAGGCCAAAAAGGAGUCUCUGAUGUGUCUUCAUUCUUUAUAGUUUGCAGGUAGUUCAUUAGAAGUUUGUGCCCCCGAUUAAGAGUCCGUUUGGUGAGCCCUUUUUUCGGCUUAGCAAGCUUAUCAGCCAGCUUUUUCAUCAAACACGUAACUUUUGAUUUCGUGCGCUGAAUUUUGUAAUAAGCAGAAAAAGUAAGGUUGGAGUUACUUUUCUGGCUGUAUCGGCUGAAGUUACUGUAGAAGAUCAUUUUAGCUAUUUUUACAUAUAAUUUUUUCUUUAUUUUAUUAAUAAAAUAUAUUUUAAAAUUAAUUUUUUCAUGAAUCAGCAAAAUCAGUCAAUACAACCACUUCAGCCAGAACUUCAUAAAUUUCAGCAAAAUCAGCCGAUUCAGCCGAUUUCAAUGUUACCAAACGGGCUCUAAUACUUAAUCUGUCUCUUUUUGUAAGUUACAUUUUUCUUUUCUUUUUUUAGAUAAUUGUCCCAUCAAUAUGAACAAUUUCUUAUUUUGAACUUUAUUAAUGUUUUACUUUCCCGCUUAUCUAUCAUUUACCCUCUAUUUUUUGUAGACGCAUAUUACUCGUUCUUACUUUUUCAAUGUUUAGAAUGGUACGUAAAAGAAUCAUUUUAUCUUUUAUUUUCUUAAAACUCGUGUCAAAUUUAUAUAUUGGGACGGAGGUAGUACGUCUUAAUGACCGAAAUUGGAAGAAAUAUAGGCUGCUAAGUAUUCAUAUCAUAUGUAAAUUAUGAUAUUCAUAAUUAUUCAUUAUUAUUCCUAAAAGUCGUGAUCAUCUAUUCAUUAUUAUCAACACUCUCAGUAUAAUAUUGUGGUUGAUCGUGUUUCGAAUCAGAUGAAGUUUUAAAUAUAUACUCCCUCCAUUGUUAAAUAAAGUAUCCUUUUUUAAAAUGUAUGAUAUUCAAAUCGGGAAAUUUAAAUAAGGAUGAAUGAAUUAAUAAUAAACUUUAUUUUUUCUAAAAAAGUUGUUUUAUCAUGAAACACUCAUGAAAAACAUUCAAGGGUAGAUGAUUAUUAAUUUCAAGGGACAUCAAAAGUUCCUAUUUUUCAAAGUAUGGUUAUGGUUAACAUUCCCUACAAUAUUUGAAAUAAACUGAUUCGCGAUGAAAGAGGCACCAAUUUUUUUAAUGUUUAUUUUAGUUCAAUUUCUGUGCAACUUUUAUCGGUGAAGUUUAAUCCAACUACGAGAGCUAUAUCUACGAGAGCAGAUGAAAAUAUGGCAACGUAAGACAGUAUUCUAUUAUCCAAAGUUUGAUCCAUUGAUAAGAAGUUUACAGGAAGUAUUUAUUGACUAAAUGAACUAGUAUUCUAGGACGAAACUGAUGCAGUAAAUGUUAUUAAUUGUACAUUAGUUGGAGUAGGACUCUUGUAACGUUUUUCCCGUUGUGUAUAGUGAUCAUUCCCUUAAGUCCACGUUUCUGUCGAUAGCUCCCGCCUGCUGCCAGAUAGCUAUUCACGAGUGAUAGUCUGCCACGUAAGCCCUAGGAAUGUUCUGACCCAACUAGAACUCCGCCCAGACUCGAGAUCUGCUGCCCAGCCUGGCCUGAUUGUGGGUUCCUAUUGUGAGUCUGAUUCCUAGUUAGGCCCAGCAGCUAAUUAACAUUUAUCCCGUUUAAGGGUUAAUCCCUUUGAGGGCUUGAUCCCGUUAUGGGCUAAUCCUGUUGAAGGCUUGAUCCCGUCAUGGGCUUGGUCUGUAUUUCUGUAAUUGGGUCAUGGAUGGAGUCCAUGGUACCAUCAACGUGCAACUUUGAGGCAUCAAUGAACACACUCGUGCACCAUAUUUCAUGUUAUUGGUAGAUAUACUUUACCAAGUUGAAUAUACUUUACUAACUUAUUUUAUCUACUAAAUAAUAAUCCCUUCAUCCUCUAUCUAUGUUUCAUUUUAUUUUUUCACUGUCCUACUAAAUUUGUCCUACUAAAUUUAUCUCAUAUUAUAUUUGAUAGUAUAUAUUUGUAGGGUUAUAAUUCAUUUCUUACUUUAUUACAUUUUUUAAUACAAUAAGUAAGUAGUAUCAAUCACACAGAUCACUUUUGUUAAUACCUAACCACCCCUCUUGUUCCAAUUUUAGGGGGAUGAAGGUAGUAUUAAAUAUUGACCAAUUGCGGAAAGAGCGUGUAAAAAUGAGUUUCAUAUUAAGAAAGUUAUGUCAAUAGUAUAAAUAGUCAAAAUGAAUUUUAGAUGUGGACACAUGCCCAACUAGAUCAAUAGAAGUUAUGUUUGAAUUUAAUUAGCAAACAAAUAAGCCAAUAAGAGUCAAAACAAAAUUGAAAUUGUUGAGUACAGGAUCAAAACAUACAUAAAAUGUAAAAAUAGAACUUAAUGUGUUUUAUUCUCCAAAUAGAAUAAAACACAUUAAGAAUAAGUUGAUUUCUUUUUAAAAUAUGAAUAAAAAAGUCUUAUUUUAUGCAUAAAACAAAAACUUUUCUACCAACUUAUCUUUUUUUAGUUCUAUUUUCAUAAUUUUCUCAAACAAACUAAUGUGACAAUUAUUGUAACAUUUUAACAUUAUUGGGGAUGUGUUUGAAAGAAAUGAAUCAAUUACCAAGUCAAUGGCUCAUAAGAAAAAUGUGUUACCAUCAAGGAAAACUGUGUUCUUGAAUUAUCCAUGCGCGGAUGCGCCUGCAUAAUUGACCACCACCAAAGUCAGAUGCGCGUAAAUGCAUGCUUGCUGGUCGUGGUCCAUUAGCAUUCAUAUAUCUAUUGAACAAGAUGGUAAUCCAUGACUGUGAGGCCUCUUUCCAGAAGAAGUUGAUCAAAGAUAUUAAAGAGGAAAGAAGGAGAAGAAAACAAGAAAAGGAGUUGGCCGGAAAUGUCAAACUCCGAUCACCAGAGCUACCCAUACCACCACCACUCCGACACGGAAGCCGUCGGAGCUGAUAGGAAGCUGUUCAGCGGUCCACUGAAUCAAAGGGCCGGGAAAAGGAGCGUCCGGCUCAACCUCCCCGGCGACUCUGUCUCGUCGGAGUCAGGGAUCCCGUCGGCCAAGCCCUCAGAUGAGGACUCCUACGUAGAGAUCACCCUCGACGUCCGGGAGGACUCCGUUGCGGUCCACAGCGUGAAGACAGCCGCCGGCGCUGACAUGGAGGACCCGGAGCUUGCCCUGCUGGCAAGGGGCUUGGAGAAGAAGACCAACUUAGGAUCCACCGUCGUUAGAAACGCUUCGUCCCGAAUCCGGCAAGUCUCGCAAGAGCUCAAGCGCUUAGCUUCACUGACGACGCGGACCCAUCACGGCGCCGGCAGGUUUGACCGGAAUAAGUCCGCCGCUGCUCAGGCUCUGAAAGGGCUCAAGUUUAUCAGCAAGACAGACGGGGCCUCCGGCUGGGCCGCCGUCGAGAAGCGGUUCGACCAGCUCACUGCCUCCACCAGUGGGUUGCUCCCACGGGCAAAGUUCGGUGAAUGCAUAGGUAUGAACAAGGAGUCAAAGGAAUUUGCCGACGAGCUAUUCGCUGCUCUAGCUAGGAGGAGAAACAUAACCUUUGAUUCCAUCAACAAAGCACAGCUCCAAGAAUUCUGGGACCAAAUCUCUGAUCAGAGUUUCGACACCCGCCUUCAAACCUUCUUUGAUAUGGUUGACAAAGAUGCAGAUGGGGCAAUCACUGAAGAAGAAGUCAGAGAGAUCAUAAGCCUAAGUGCUUCUGCUAAUAAGCUGUCAAAUAUCCAAAAACAAGCUGAUGAAUACGCCGCCAUGAUUAUGGAGGAACUAGAUCCUGGCAACCUAGGAUACAUCAAGAUUGAGAAUUUGGAGAUGCUGUUAUUGCAAGCUCCAAGCCAGACAGUAAGAGGGCAUGACAGCCGUAAUUUGAGCCAAAUGCUGAGCCAAAAACUGAAGCCGACGGUGGAGCCAAACCCUCUGAUCCGAUGGUACAGAGAUUUCAAGUACUUCAUGUUGGACAAUUGGCAGAGAGGUUGGGUGCUUCUACUGUGGAUCGGAGCUAUGGCUGGGCUGUUUGUUUGGAAAUACAUUCAGUACAAGAACAAAGCUGCUUAUGAUGUUAUGGGUGCCUGUGUUUGUAUGGCUAAAGGUGCUGCAGAAACACUGAAGCUGAACAUGGCUAUCAUUCUUUUACCUGUCUGUAGAAACACCAUUACCUGGCUGAGAAACAAGACCAAGUUAGGCAAGGCGGUCCCUUUUGAUGACAACCUCAACUUUCAUAAAGUGAUAGCAGUGGCUGUGGUGAUUGGGGUAGGAAUACAUGCAAUAGCUCACUUGACGUGUGACUUCCCUAGGCUUCUGCACGCGAGCCGGGAGAAGUACGCUCCAAUGGAGCAGUUUUUUGGACAUCAGCCACAAAACUACUGGUGGUUUGUGAAGGGAGUGGAAGGGGUAACAGGGAUUAUUAUAGUGGUCUUGAUGGCUAUAGCUUUCACCUUGGCUACUCCAUGGUUUAGAAGGAAUAGAGUGACCUUGCCAAAACCCUUUAACAAGAUUACUGGUUUCAAUGCUUUCUGGUAUUCCCACCACCUCUUUGUCAUUGUCUAUGCUCUCCUCAUUGUCCACGGUAUCAAGCUCUAUUUGACACAUAAGUGGUACAUGAAAACGACAUGGAUGUACUUGGCUAUUCCUGUGGUAAUUUAUGCUUGUGAAAGAUUGCUUAGGGCAUGCAGGUCUAGCAUUAAGCCUGUCAAGAUUCUCAAGGUGGCUGUCUAUCCUGGGAAUGUGUUAGCUCUUCAUAUGUCAAAGCCUCAGGGCUUCAGAUACAGAAGUGGUCAAUAUAUGUUUGUCAACUGCGCUGCAGUUUCUCCUUUUGAAUGGCACCCCUUUUCAAUUACAUCUGCCCCAGGAGAUGACUAUGUUAGUGUCCACAUUAGAACCCUUGGUGAUUGGACGAGACAGCUCAAAACUGUUUUCUCACAGGUAUGCCAGCCACCACCUAAUGGGAAAAGUGGACUCCUAAGAGCAGAUUACCCUCAAGGGGACAACAAUCCCAAUUUCCCGAAGGUGAUGAUUGAUGGACCUUACGGAGCACCAGCACAAGACUACAAGAAAUAUGAUGUGGUUCUGCUAGUAGGUCUAGGAAUAGGCGCAACCCCUAUGAUCAGCAUAGUAAAGGACAUUGUGAAUAACAUGCAGGCAGAGGAAGAAGAGAGUGGGGUGGAGAAUGGGCAUGGAGUUGGCAGCAACAAUGGAGGGAGAAACUUCAAGACAAGAAAGGCGUACUUCUAUUGGGUAACGAGGGAGCAAGGGUCAUUUGACUGGUUCAAAGGGAUCAUGAAUGAAGUGGCUGAGAUGGACCAUAAGGGAGUCAUAGAGAUGCACAACUAUUGCACCAGUGUUUAUGAAGAAGGUGAUGCCCGGUCUGCCCUCAUCACUAUGCUUCAGUCCCUCCACCAUGCCAAGAGCGGCGUCGACAUCGUUUCUGGAACACACGUUAAGUCUCACUUCGCCAAGCCUAACUGGCGCAAUGUUUACAAGCGUAUCACCCUCAACCACACCAAUGGCAAAGUUGGGGUUUUCUAUUGUGGGGCGCCAGCUCUGACAAAAGAGCUAAGACAACUAGCCUUGGAUUUUUCUAGGAAGACAUCCACCAAGUUUGAUUUCCACAAAGAAAAUUUUUGACCUAUUAAUUACUAAAGUUAAGAAUAGAUUGCACAACUACUCCCAAUGUCUAGUGUACAGAGGUUGUUGAUUAUUGAAUGAUCAGUUUUGUAUGAAGUUGAAAUCUACAAGAAUAUUUCAAAAAUGGCGGCCAUAUGUUGACCGUUACAGGCAGUGGAAUUCAUUUGACUUUUGAUGAGAGGACCCUUAAGCACUCAUGGACGUCUAGAAUAUUAGACAUCCAUAUCAAGUUAUCAACUCGACCGGAGCAUGAAGACCAGAUCACCAGAGUGACGUCAAUGCAUAUAUGUAUAUAUAUACACAUAUACAUACAUACAUAAAUGUAUGUUUGUAUGUAUGUAUGUAUGUACACAUAUAGAAUUUGGUUCAAAUACAAAUUAUUUCACAGGUCUUAUAAAAAAAUCAUAGGUGAAAAACACUUCCUGUGUUCCUUUAAGUUUGUUCCAUUUUUUUCUUUUUCAUUUGUCUAUUAAAUGUCACAUAUGUAGUGUAAUGUUUGGUAACAUUUGUAUGAUUAUAAUUCAUCCAUGCUUUAUUUAUAUUUUAUAACUCAAUACUAAUUGCAUAAUUCUACUUUUCUUGAGAACUGUAUCACACCCUCUU